UCAAGGUCAAGUUUACUUUCAGUUUCGUUUUAAUCAAGGACACGGCGUGAAGUGAUUAAAUAACGUUAAAUUGCAGUAUCAUCAUGCUCAGGCUUUUUCGUGGUGUAAAACAAUACCUACCAGCGAUUGCAAGGAGAGGGUACUGUGAGGCAAAUACGGAGUUCACUGAAGGAGAAAAGAAGAUUAUAUCUAUACUCAAGUCAAAGUUCCCAUCAGCCAAAGUAGAGGCUCAGGAUAUAUCAGGCGGGUGUGGUGCCAUGUACACAGUCUUUGUAGAGGCAGAAGAAUUCCGAGGGCAGAGAACUCUAAAACAACAUCGUAUGGUGAAUGAGGCAUUAAAAGAGGAAAUUCGAGACAUGCAUGGAUUAAGGAUAACUACUGGGGUGCCAAGAGGAAAAGGCUGAAUUUGAUUAAAAACUUGUAUAGUGGAUUAAUAUACAUUUGUUCUUUCUUUAAGAGAGAAAUCUUUAUUCUGGGUUAUAUUAAACCUGUUGGAGAGACUGCAAUAAGAUAUGAUGAUAUAUAAUUAUUAAAAGUUGCAUGUGUUUA